AUGCAAAAGAUGGCUUCAUCGAAAAAACUAUCAGAUAGUCUAGAAUGUCCAAUCUGCCAUGAGUUACUCUGCAAUCCUAAACUUCUGCCUUGUUCACAUUCUUUUUGCGAAAGAUGUUUGGCCGAACUUCACUCUUUUCAUCAAACCGAUUCUGAAUUGACUUGUCCUGUGUGUCGCCAAGAUGCAAAUGUUAUUGGAAAUGAUGUGUGUAACUUUCCGACAAAUCUAAUUGUCAAGUCCCUCGUCGAAGAUUUCAAAAGGAGAUCAGAUGCUAAGGCUGAACGUAUCAAAGGGAGUGGAACAACCGCCAUUCAAACUUGCACGGUCUGUGAUGGUGACGAUCAAGACAUUGCAACCUACUACUGCCAGAACUGUUCAGAGUUCCUUUGCGAAGAUUGCUUGCAAUACCACAAUAGAUACAAGCGGAAUGCAUGCCAUGAGACGGUGAACGUAAGAGAUAUUGAGGCGGGAAUUGUCAAAAAGAAAUUCCCGUGCCCUGAACAUCCACAUGAACUGCAGCAGUUCGUGUGCACUACAUGUCUGGUUCGGAUCUGUUGCAGAUGUCGGGAGGUCGAGCACAAGGAAGACGGACAUGAAGUCCUCGAGAUUACUGGGUAUGAAGAAAUUCAACAAAAGACAAUAGAUUGUCUUUUACUGAAAAUAGAACAAACCUCUGUUGAUAUUCAAAAUAACUUAUCUUUUAUGAAUGAGAAAUUCCGAAAAGUGAAAAAUAUUGUGUCGCAACGACGACAGAAAAUUAUUAGUAGUUACGAAACCGCAGAAGAGCAAUUACGAAGAAAGAGAGAUGAAUUAUUCGAAGAAUGCAAUACGUAUGACAAAACACUCUGUCAGGAGUUGGAAGAUAUAAUUGGGAGCCAUUGUGGCAUCCAAGAGACGUUUACGAACAAGGUUACACUUGUAACCGAGGGUCUAACAAGCCUACACCAGCAAGACAUAUCACUAUCUAAACAUGCAACGCAAGUUGAAGGUCUUGAAAUUAUUCUGGAAGAAGCCGUCCCCUUACUUCUCUCCAAGUCAUCACACGUAGCACAUCGUGCAGAGUCUCUCACUUUUCGUCCGGUUUUUCCUAUCGGGUCAGUUGUAGGUACGUUCCAUCGAGAGGAAUUGUUCUUUGAAGAUGAACAAGACGACAGCGAUGGGGGAGGGGGGUUGGAGGUUAUCCGCGAGGGUGGAGGAACAAACUGCUCGAAUCAGACAGAUAAACUUAAAGCAUCUUGUGUAACUAUGGCUAUGCAUGAACAAAGCAAAAAUGCUUCUGAUGGGUCUUUGCCAGGAAGUAAGAAGGCUCCGUUGCGUUCUUUCAUCGCACGUCUUCCAACAAGAGGAAAACGCAAGACUAGGAUUCGAGACCAGCCGCUGAAUUGA